AUGUCGGGAGCUGGAUAUGAUGUCGUCGUCGAUGUGGACGAGGAGGGCGAUCUAGGCCACACUGAUCUCCAAGAAGAUCUCUCCUUCCACAAUUCCAAUUUCGAAAACAAUCCCUCCUCAUCCCGCAAUAAGCCCACAUCGCCUGGUCUCCCCGCUCCAGCGACUGCAGGUGGUCCCAAUACCUCGAAACGUUACCUCUGGUCCCUACAUUUCUACUCACAGUUCUUUGAUGUCGAUACUUCUUCCGUUCUAGCACGAUGUUGGGCAGCUUUAUAUCCUCGUGCAAAUUUCUUGGAUGUAUUAGAGGGGAAUCCGGAUUUGUAUGGUCCAUUUUGGAUUGCUACGACGGUUAUCUUUAUUCUAUUCAUGGGAGGAACGGUUAGUUUGUAUCUUGCGGAAAGAGGAGAAGGAAGAUUUGCGUACGAUUUUGGGUUGUUGAGCGGCGCCGCAGGUCUAAUCUAUGGAUACACAUUCGUAAUUCCAAUUCUUCUCUUCCUUGCCCUCAAAUAUUUUGGCAGCGAAUCUGCCAAUCUUCUCGAAUGCGCUGCUCUUUACGGUUACUCCAAUCUCGUAUGGAUUCCUGUCGCAUUGGUCUCCUGGUCAUCCCUUACAAUCAUGAAUUGGGUAUUCGUAGGAGUUGGAUUCGGGUUGAGCGUUGCUUUCCUUCUUAGGAAUUUGUAUCCAGUUCUCAGCGCUACGGAUAAACAGACAAGUAAAAUAUUACUUAUCAUGGUGGUUGUUCUACAUGCAGGUUUGGCAAUUGCUAUUAAGGUGUUGUUCUUUGCCCAUGGAAGUCCGGUUGCUAAGAAGCCGGAGGGGGAAGAUCCUGCUAAGGAAGCCAAUCCAAGUAGGAUGCUGUUUUAA